AUGCUUCAGUCCUCUGAGGCCUGCUCCAGGGUUGCUGUGGCCUGCGAGCCCACCCCGAACUGCGCUCCUCUCCCAGCCCGGCCCAAUACACCUUUCCGAUCAAUUAUCCAGCUAAAGGCUCAGAAAGAAAGACUGGAGAGCCGAGAGCUGCACAUGAACCUUCUUCGGCAGAAGGUAGUUCAGCUGGAAGAGGAGAGGCAGGUUCGCACAGCUUUGGCUGUGGAGAAGGACGAGGCCAACCUUACCAUCAGGAAACUGCAGAAGAUGGUGGAAAGGUUACAGAAGGAUCUGAGAGUGGCCCGGGAAUCUAACACCGAGCUCAAAGCCAAACUCUCAGAUACCAAUGAGCUCAAGAUUAAAACCCUGGAACAGACCAAAACCAUCGAAAACCUAAACAAAUCCAGGGGUAAACUGGAGAAGAUGAAGGAGAAGGUGGAGAAACAGUUGAUAUCUGUUAAGUCAGAGCUGGAUAUAACUGAACACGAAGCAAAGGAAGAUCAAGAGAGAGCUAGAAACAUGCUAGAUGUCGUCACCAGUGAAAUGAAGACACUGAAGAGCACAUUGGAAGAAACAACCAAAAGAGAGAAGCAG